GUAUGUAAAACGAUCAUGACCUUAUCUAACCGUUAUCUCCACCUUGCUCUCCACUUCUCUUUUCCAGUCGUCUAUGCCGAUUAUGCCUCGUCGGGCCGUUCCCUUCAGUUCCUCGAAGACUACAUCAACAAGGAAGUGCUACCCGCCUUCGGUGAUACAAACUGCGUCUCAGCCGUCACCGGCCUUCAGUCACAUCUCUAUGAUAACGAAGCACGGGAUCUGGUCCGGGUGGCCGUCGGGGCCACCACCGAAGAUGAAGUCGUCUUCUGUGAUAAUCCAGCCGAACGGUUGUGCUUCCUGCUAUCGUCCAACUGCUGUCUACAGCUGCAGAAAUCGAAUCAGUCACUUCCGCCGGUGCUGUUCGUCAGCACGUCGGAACCCAUCCGAAACCUCCGCCAGUGGAUCGACGCUGGAUGGCACGUGGAGCGAGUCAUCAAAAAUCACGAAGGCUUCCUGGACCUGGUGGAUUUGGAGAAGCGCCUCAUGCAGUACUCGGAAGCUAAGCGAACGAUGGUGGGGAUGUUCUCGGGAGCUUCGAGACUCACGGGGAUCCUGGCAGAUGAUGUAGCGACCACAAUUUUACUCCAUCAGUACGACGCACUGUCGAUAUGGGACCACAGUAUUGUGGCGUCGUGUGCACCGAUCGUGACGAAUCCGAUUCUUCCAGGGGCGCAGAAAGAUGCCGUAUUCUUCCACUGCAACAAGAUGAUCGGAGGAGUGCAAGCUCCGGGCGUUCUAGUGAUCAAGCGAAAGUUGGUGGAGAAUUCGGUUUCGUUUCUGCAGGAUACCGUUGGGGUAGUGGAGGCUGUGAGGGCAGGGCUAGUUUUACAGUUGAAGGAAUCGCUAGGGGUUCAGGCGAUCAUGAGUCGAAUGGAGAAAACCUGCAAGCAAAUACUGGCGCAUGUGAGGACAAUUCCGGAGAUAGCGCUGCUAGGUCCUCCUUGCACUACAGCAAAACGGUUGACGACGCUGUGUUUUAUGGUGCGCCAUCCGAGGGGAGCUUUCCUCCAUCAUCGCUUCGUAGUGGCCGUGUUGAACGACGUAUUCGGAGUUCAAGCAACGGCGGACAAUAUAAUAGCGGAUUCGCUGGGGAUAAACCCGCAGUUGGCGGUGGAAUACGACAAGGUGUUGAACGACGAAUCUCUGAAGUCGGCGAGUAUCCAUCCGGGAUAUAUUAGGAUUACGUUUCCGUAUUUCAUGCCAGAGGCUGAGGUAGCAUUCAUACUGGAAGCGCUCAAAAUGGUGGCCACGGAAGCUUGGAAGUUACUACCUCAGUACGACGUAGACGACCGCACCGGAGAAUGGAGACACCACUCGAACUCCUUGGCCAAAGAACGCAAAUGGUUAGGUGCAAUACGCUAUACAGAUGGAAAGAUGUUGUUUUCCGAUCGAAGAAUUUCCGGUCCUGGGACAUUUCCGCAGAGCUACUCGGACUGUCUCCAAACGGCGCGGAAUCUGUUCAAUCGCGCCCGGAAGAUGGCGCAGAAGUCCACGACGGACGAAGUUGUUCUCAAGUUGCCAAACGCUUCGAUGGAAAGCUUAAGAUGGUACAUGCUGCCCGGUGAGGCUCAUGAACUGCUUCUGGGGCACUCGCAUAGCGUCAAGAAUACAGUGCCAUUCGAUCCCACCAAGAUUCCAGAAAAUCCGCUUCUGAUGAUCCAUCGCCAUCACAGUCUCUCGGCGUUGGAUAUCAAGCGGUUCAAGAGCCGUAGUCUUCCGGCGUCUCCCCUGCAGAUCUCCAUCCGGCGGCAGCACUCCAGUUCACCGAGUCAAUCGCACAGCCCUACGCCAACGCCUACUUCGUCGCCUCCGCUUGUGCGAUUCUCGCUGGGCGGUGAAGUCACCAACUACAGUCCGCCAUCUUCGUCGCACCAUCAGCUACAGGUAACGAGCUUCACGGCCGUGAUGCCCGAUAUCAGCACCAGUCGAAACAGAUGCAAUAGCUGGGGAUCUCCAACGAGUUCGGCAACGAUUGGCAGCCCAGUCGACCACGGUAGCCUAACUAAUCUCGAUUGCGCUACUAAUGCCACUGGGGACGAUGCUGGAACUAACUGUGGUGGUGGUGGUGAUCUAGAUUUCUUUGGUCCCCAGACGCGAAACAGUCUCGGGUUGGGCCAGCAUCAGCGCCGUCGAUCGCAGGCGAUCGCUUCGUCGUCGACGGCGACCAGAACUUCGGGUCGUACGGCAAGCCUCGGCGAACGUUCGCCAGCAUCGCCUCCGCCGAUGACGACGACGACGUGUUCGUCUGCUGGUCGACCAGCGAAGCAGCGCUCUUGUUCCUGCAGUAGCCAGACGGAUCUGAGCAUCGGAUCCAGCGAGAAUCUAGCCACUGCAGUGGGAGCGUCGCUCGCCCCGAGUCUACCGAAUCUACUGCAGUCGUUGCCACUGGGAAGUAGCUGCAGCGAAACUGCCGAAGACAUUCAGGCUUACGUCAAAGAAGUCACCAAAGAGUUGGCAACGGAGAUCAAAUCCGAAAUUCGGGACGUCAUUUCCAAGGUGGAAGACGCUCUGGAGAGUACGGAUAGUCUAGAUAUGACGGGAGCAUCUAUGAGUUCCCUUGGUAAUAUUAGUGUCAACAACGACAUCAAACGUGAUUCGAUCUCAACAAGCGAUGUCGUGGACUAUCUCCGGGAGUUUAGCAAGGGAAUGAUGAACGAGGUCAAGUCGGAGAUCCGCGAUGUUGUGAAUGCCGUGGAUGAGAUCAUCUCGCCUGAAGGUUGUCUAGGGUCGCGCAAAAACUCUCCACCGGACAUCCUCAAGGGCAAUUCGGCCGGCGCUGGUGGUGGACAUAGACUCUUGAUGAAGCAGCGCUUCAGUGAUAUCACACCCGACACCAGCCGGCCCAAGUCCGCCGACAUUGACAAACAUCGUUCGGAAUCGUUCCCUCGGCCAAACUCGUCAAUCCAUGCUGCCACGGCGCCCAGUCCUGAGCACUCGGGCCCGGGCUUCCCCUACACUGGUGCCAUCUCCAAAAAGUCAGAUCUCACCUCGUCCAUGUCGUCGCAGGACUCCGGUAUCAACAUGAGCUUCACCGAGCAUGACGACAAAACUCGCAGCGCGUUCGGCAAAGACAGAAACCGUACAAUUUCAGCUCAUCUGGAGAAGGACUCCGCACGCCAUCAAGCGCCACAGCGACGGGUUCAGUCGGAAUCUGCCGCGCCGCCGUCGCUAGCAGCUCCAGAAACUCCGGAACCGACACGCCUCCCGACUACCCCGGAAGUGGUGGACGUGUUCACUCCGAAAAGCGCCCUCAUUCGUCAGUCGAACGUUCUGAAGAGCACGCCCUCGCAAGAGCUCGAUCCGGACGCUGGUCCGGAAGGUGCCCGGUGGCUCAACCUCCCCAAGGACAUUUGGAAACAGGCAGCUGAG